AUGGCUCACUCUUCCGCUCCAAGCUAUAACUUGGCAAAUUGCCUUCAGGUCUGGGAGUACCCUAUCAAGGAAAUAUACGUUUGGUGCCAGUCUCACACGAAUGUCGAUAAGCUUAGGAUAUGUCUUGAUCUUGCACACGGAUCCACGAACAUCAGCAAGGUCCACAUCCAGUUGCAGAGAGCAGUUCAGAUCCAACUCGGCAUGUCUAGACAUCCCGACUCCCUCCAGUUUCUCCCAACGUCUGUUACCUUUAUUGCCAACCACAGCAAAUUUACGAUCAGGGAUGGUUUUGUACUUUGUAAAGCUCAAGCUGUUCCAGGCACUACUGUCAAAGACUUUGUUAAUGCUAUGCAAAUGCAUAUGCCUCGUUAUCGCCUCCCUUCUGACGACCUGCAACACAUUGGCUGGGCCGAAUCAAGCCUGAAUAUAGUCGACGCCCUUGUUCUGAGCUUGCAAAGAAUAUCGGGAGUUUAA